AUGCAAGCUUCUCUUCUUACGGCGCGGGCCGUGACUAGCAAUCCAGGCUUGGCAACAGAUUGUCUCUUCCUAAAGGAGAAAGCGUUCCUAUCGGAGGAUAGAUCGAAUCGGUGUCUCAUCGAUGCACAUCGAUUUUUGUCCGGACCGGCGCUUGCGACUGUGGAUAGCUGCGCGAGAUCACCGGCGGACGACGUCGCGCACCAACAUGCUGUUCGCUUCAAAUGCAAAAGCGAAAAUAGCAAUUUUUCGUCCCAGAAGAUACGUGAUGAGUCCCAGCUUCGGGACUUUUUGCGGGAUAGAUGGUCCGAUUAUGAGCGUCCAAAGAGGGCGGUGAGGAGCAGUUAUGUUCUUUUCAUCGACAGAACAACAUCGGUGAAUGCCUUGAACCUGACUCGAGAUCUAGCUGAGGCGGUGCUUUCCUCCCUUCAGAUAUUUGCUCUUCUGAAGGACUUCAUCCUUCUUUUCGAUCGGGAAUGCGCUUAUGCUUUCUCUCAUGUUGACCAGGAAAAGAAGGACGAAAAUAUCGGUGUGAGUCCAGACACGUACUGGCCCGUCCGACGUACGGUUAUCUAUCACAGGUACUCUUUCGUGAAGGCAAGGAAGCAGGAGAUCUGGAUCGUCAUUGGUAGCAGAAGUGGAUCUGAGCAUCUACGAAAGCAUAUCCUCGACUACCAAGCCCGGAAUAUUGGGAGCAAAUCUAAUCCGUCGCCAUUUGAGCUGCAUCUAAUGAUCCAGCACUGCUAUAUGGGUAACUGGCGACCUCGUCUAGGGUGGAUGGCAGAAGAGAUAUGGCGUCAGGUCAAUCCCGCCAUGACAACACCCUUUGAGCAUUCCAAUUGCUCCAGCCGCGAGAGGUUGAUUCGAAAACUUCUACUAGUGGACCAGAGUCAAGCUCGACAGAAUAUUUGGGAGAAGCUGGAUGACUCAAUGCUCGCUGUCGAGGCUCUCAUCGAAACAAUCGAACUGCUCAAAGUAAACUUUCUGCGCUUCGAAGGAGACCCCAAGCCAAGGGCGAUGACUCGUUCUCAAGAGACUAUUGCGCGAAGCUUUGACAUCAAGAAAAGGGAGGCUGAAGCAGUGCUGAAGCAGCUCAGGGCGCUGCGCGGAAAGGCAGAGAGUACUUCAAGCCUGUACGCUCGGCUCACCGCGCUCCAAAGCAAAUCGAUCGCCGAUCAGAGCGCUCACAAGAGCAGAAUCACGACAACGCUGACAUUCCUGACCGCCUCCUUCUUGCCAUCCGCCAUUCUGGGCACAUUCUUCUCUGGCACCAAGAUCUUCGAGUCCCCACACGGACAGGUCAAAUACUGGGCCGUCAUCUUUGGCACCACCGCUGGUAUCAUGCUCCUCAUCUGGGCUCUAGGAUUGCUCUAUGGUUGGUGGACAGUGGAGGAUCUGACGGAAGGUUUGAGGCCGCUUGGAGAGUGCUUCUCAUGGAUCAUGGAAAAGUACGCCGAACGGAAAGAGAGAGUCAAAGAGAAGGCGGAGGCGAGGCGAUCAGAGGCAGCCAGGAUGGAGACCAAGAGAGGUUACGUCGAGCAUCAUGAAAUCAGUCAUUUCAGAUGA